AUGCUUCAAGAGCUCAAAGGCAACUUGAGACGUUUAUUCAACGUUACCAACAAACCAGAAUCCAAUCAACAUGAAGCACAGAGUCUUUUAAGCAAUCGCAGCCACGAUCACCUUGACUUGUAUGCAGAGGGAGAGCAUGACACACACAACAUUGUAUACUGGGUGUUCUUCAUUUACGGCAUCGCUAUGCUAUUACCGUGGAAUGUCUUUAUCACGGCAUCCGAAUACUUCCUCAAGCGCUUUGCUGAUACGCCUUACGCGGAGACUUUCCAAAACUACUUUUCAACCUCGUUUACAGCCACCAAUCUGGCUCUUUUUGGAUUGCUGCUAUGGCGACAGAGCAAUGCUGCAACAUUUCGUUUAGAUGUGCUUGGUCCCAUUCUCGUCAACACAACCGUCUUUGGUAUCAUGGCAAUUACAGUUGCUACAUCCGUCCACGGCACAGGCUAUUUUUGGGCUACAAUGGCAUUGUUGGUGAUCACAGGCAUGACGACAAGCGUCUUUCAGAUUGCUGUAUUUGCAGAAGCAUGUAGAUUUCCUCCGAGAUACAUCCAAGCAGUGAUGAGUGGUCAAGGCAUUGCCGGUGUCGCCGUCGCCAUCGCAUCUCUGCUUAGCGCUUUUGCUGGAUCUGCAACACAAGCACCUGAUGAAGCAUCCAUUACAACAUCAGCAUUUAUUUAUUUCAUGUCGGCAUUUGCUAUUACGAUUGCAGCACUUGCUGGACGCAUCAUUGUAUCAAGGCAACCAUUUUACAUCAAGCAAAGCCAGUUGUCAACAGGCAUUCUUUCGACUGAAUCUUUGGAUGAUGAUACGGAUAUGGAAGAGGGCGACAAUAGUGAUGACCAUCAUUAUACACAACCUACUUCAGCUGCCAUUGUCAUUCGCAAAUGUGGAGGACUCAUCUUUGCCGUUGCCUAUGUCUUUGUGAUUACACUUGCCGUAUUCCCAUCUAUCACGGCACUCAUCAAAUCGGUUGUACGACAUGAUCCCGACGACUCACAGAGAAUCAUUACGGAUGGCAAUCGCUUUUUGGAUGAUGAUGUCUUUGUUGCAUUCCAUUUUGUACUUUUCAACGUUGGUGACUGGGUGGGACGCACUCUACCCAUCUUUCCAUCCAUGCGCACUUUCAAAACCAAGCUCUUGGUCGUGUAUUCCUUAGCACGUACGCUAUUUAUUCCUGCCUUUAUGAUGUGCAAUGUUGUGGUCAGCGACCGGAAGAUGGCUGUGGUCAUUGACAGCGACGUGGUAUAUUUGGUUCUGGUCUGGAUCUUUGCUGUUAGCAAUGGAUGGCUCGGCAGCUUAACAAUGAUGGCCGCACCUCAACAAGAAUCGAUUACCAGUGCCACCGAGAAAUCAUUGGUUGGAAGUGUGAUGAGCUUUUCGCUUUUGGUGGGAUUAGCAGUAGGAGGCAGUGCUAGUUUUAUUUUACGAGCCAUGGUCUAG